UCGGAUCUGCUGGGAGUUUCAUUUCAAACCUCCCCAUGAUUAAAAAAAAAAGAGGGAAUUUUGCAGUUUUCCCGAUUGGAGGCUGCGGGGUAUGCGAGCGCAAAAAAUAUCACGUUCAGUAAAAUGUAAACUACUGGUGGCCGAAUGUUGUGGUCUUACCUGCCUAGCGUCACAUUUUGCAAAAAACGUGACCAGGUGAACUCGCAAGUUGCGACACUCUUAAGUCAAGUUACUACUCCGUAAUAACGCUCAGUUCUGCUUUAUUCCGUCGUCGUCAUCAUCAUCUUCUCGCGGGUCCUGCCGCAGAUGGACUUUGGGACCGAGCGCUGAUGAGCGGAAACGACUGUUCCUCUUCCGAUUGAGACCGACACCUACCGUCACCCUGGCAAUGUCAAGGGUCCCGAGUCCCCCUCCCCCGGCGGAAAUGUCCAGCGGGCCUGUCGCUGAGAGCUGGUGCUACACGCAGAUCAAAGUAGUGAAGUUCUCGUACAUGUGGACCAUCAACAACUUCAGCUUCUGCCGCGAGGAGAUGGGCGAGGUUAUCAAGAGCUCCACCUUCUCCUCGGGGGCCAACGACAAGCUGAAGUGGUGUUUGCGCGUCAAUCCCAAAGGUCUGGACGAGGAGAGCAAAGACUACUUGUCGCUCUACCUGCUGCUGGUCAGCUGUCCGAAGGCCGAGGUCCGAGCCAAGUUCAAGUUCUCCAUCCUCAACGCCAAGGGGGAGGAGACCAAAGCCAUGGAAAGCCAGCGGGCGUAUCGCUUCGUGCAGGGGAAAGAUUGGGGCUUUAAAAAGUUCAUCCGGCGAGACUUUCUCCUCGAUGAAGCCAACGGUCUCCUGCCCGACGACAAGCUCACGCUCUUCUGCGAGGUGAGCGUGGUGCAGGACUCGGUCAACAUAUCCGGCCAGAACACCAUGAACAUGGUGAAGGUCCCCGACUGCCGACUUGCCGACGAGCUGGGGGGCUUGUGGGAGAACUCCCGCUUCACCGACUGCUCCCUGUGCGUGGCCGGCCAGGAGUUCCAGGCUCACAAGGCCAUCCUGGCAGCACGCUCGCCUGUGUUCAGUGCUAUGUUUGAGCACGAGAUGGAGGAGAGCAAAAAGAACCGCGUGGAAAUCAACGACGUGGAGCCAGAGGUCUUUAAAGAGAUGAUGUGUUUCAUUUACACUGACAAGGCCCCCAACUUGGACAAGAUGGCCGACGACCUUCUCGCUGCAGCUGACAAAUACGCCCUGGAGAGACUGAAGGUCAUGUGCGAGGACGCACUGUGCACCAGCUUGUCCGUGGAGAACGCGGCCGAGAUCCUCAUCCUGGCCGACCUGCACAGCGCCGACCAGCUCAAAACGCAGGCGGUCGACUUCAUCAACUACCACGCCGCUGAGGUGAUGGAGACGGCGGGCUGGAAGUCCAUGGUGGAUUCCCAUCCUCACCUGGUGGCCGAAGCGUACCGCUCGCUGGCCUUGGCCCAGUGCCCGUUCCUCGGACCGCCACGCAAGCGCCUCAAACAAUCCUAAUGGGCCCGCCGCUUUUAGCGCGUCACACAAACGUCCCCUUAAUGCCCGCAAAAACGGAGAAACCCCCUGGCCCCCCCUGCCGCCCCCACACUUUUGCUGUUACCUACUACACUACCUACAGCUUCCCCACCCCUGAGCUGCCACUUCUGCCCCCCUCCCGAUCCAGAACCUGCUGUAUUUUUAGUCCCUUCUAAUGACGGAGGGAAGAGCGAGGAGGAGAAGGGGGAGGAGUGGCAAGCGGAUAUUUGUCGUUUACAGAAAAAAAAAAACCAAACCUGCACUUUCCUCCGCGGCUAGUGAGGUGGGACCUCGCGGUCUUUUCAGUUUUUAUUAUUAUUAUUUUUUUUAAUCUUUUUCCGUUUGCGGGAGACCGGAAUCCUUCGACUGCGAUGGAAAGCGGACGCCAAGCGCUCGCGAGGUCCUUUGAACGUUUGAUAUGAUUUCAGCUUCCUCGGUGCGGAGUGGAGGCCAAAGAGGACACGGAAGCGAGGAUUUACACUCGGAAAGGACCCCCCCCCCCCCCCCCCACGAAAGGCACCAAAAGGGCUAGUGAAACGGAGAAAAAAAAACAAACGAGAAAAAAGGGGUUUCCUCAAAGAAAUUUGGGAACGAUUGCACUGAAAGAAUACCCAGGCCCCCCAAUCACGCGAACUUUAUUUAUACAGCGCUUCUCACGCAUAACGCGCGACGCUUCACACGGAUACAAAUCAACUCCAACAAUCAAGCGCCACCAGCACGAAGGCCGGAAAUGCUGUCGGAAAGCACACGGACGAACUCCGGCCCCACGCGGGACAAGAAUACCCUUUAAAGAUGCUUUAUCACAGACCUCCGUUUAUUAUUCCCCCCCCCCGAAUCGAAAACAGGUAAACGACAGUGACUAGCGACGCACGGCUAGAUAUCGUGUACUCGUGGGUACUCUUGAAAGCCAAACUAAUCCGAGGUACAGUGAAGAAAAUAAGUAUUUGAACACCCUGCUGUAUUGCAAGCUCUUAGAAAUCAUGGUAGGGGCUGAAAUUUUCAUCGUCGGUGCAUGCCCACUGUGAGAGAGAUCAUCUAAAAAGACAAAUCCAGAAAUCACAAUGUAUGAUUUUUUUUUUUUAACGAUUUAUUCGUGUGUUACCGCUGUAAAUAAGUAUUUGAACACCUGUCAAUCAGCACGAAUUCUGACCCUCAAAGAACUGUUAGUCCGCCUUUAAAAGUUCACCUCCACUCCAUGUUUUAUCCCGAAUCAGAUGUAACCAUGUUUGGAGGAAGCCGAAUGAUGAGUUCCAUCCCAAGAACACCAUCCCUACUGUGAAACACGGGGGUGGUAGCUUCAUGCUUUGGGGGUGUUUUUCUGCACAUGGGAGAGCACGACCGUGGCCAUGUACUGUGAGUUUUUGGGGAACAACCUCUUUCCCUCAGUCAGAGCAUUGAAGAUGGGUCGUGGCUGGGUCUUUCAACGUGACAAUGACCCGAAGCACAUAGCCAGGAAAACCGAGGAGUGGCUCCGUAAGAGGCAUAUCGGGGUUCUGGUGUGGCCUAGCCAGUCUCCAGACCUAAACCCAAUAGAAAACUUUGCGUCUCUCACCGACAGCCCAGAAACCUGUCUGAUCUAGAGAAGAUCUGUGCGGAGGACUGGGCCAAAAUUCCUCCCGCAGUGCAUGCAAACUUGGUGAAUAACUACAGGAAACGUUUGACCUCUGUAAUUGCAAACAAAGGCUACUGCACCAAAUAUUAACAUUGGUUUUGUCAGGUGUUCAAAUACUUAUUUGCAGCUGUAAUAUUCAAAUAUCUUACAAAUCUUUUCGAGAUGAUCUCUCUCACAGUGGACAUGCACCGACGAUGAAAAUUUCAGACCCCUCCAUGAUUUCUAAGUGGGAGAACUUAUAAUAUAGCAGGGUGUUCAAAUACUUAUUUUCUUCACUGUAUCUGCAUUCAAAAUAACAAACAUGCAUGCAUGUGUUUUCAACGCUUUUUCCCAUCAAAACUCACUCUGUCUUUUUUUUUUUUUUUUUUUUAAAUCAACAUUCGCCAACAAAUUUUCUUUGCGGGCAUGUCGACUGAUGGCCAUUUUAAAUGAAAUGAACACGUUUUAAUGUUCAAAUGAGACCAGAAUGUGAAUAGAGAAGAAAAAGAAAAAUACACAAAACAGUUGAAAGGGUUCUUUGUUUUUUUUGCCAGUGAAGGGGGGGGUGCUCAAAGAAUUAAGGAACCGUAGUUUCUUUCUUUCUUUCUUUCCUGUAGAUAAGUGACACUUAGUUGUUGCCAUUUUUUUGUUCCCGAAAGAAUAAACCACAAGUAUUUUGUAUUGAA